GAUCGGUGGUGAAUAUAAUUAACAGGAAUGAACUGAACUGAACUGCGAUCUUUAGCACUGGCCACAUGCCGUCAGAGUCUUCAAUGCGGUGGCCGCUAGCGGCCAUCGGUCCCCAGAGCCUCCCUGGUGCGGAGAAGGAAAGCUUUUUAGAGCUGCUGGUGCUGGUGCUGUUUGAUCGUCUUCCAAGUGAAGUAAGCCGGCAAAGCUUUUAGCUGCCUUGGAAGAGUGCACGCAGUGAUGGGGGAGAAGAUGAAGGUAGUUUCGAUCUACAGAGGAUUUGAUCAUCUUAGUUUGGGAGUAGGUCUGCUCAUGGGAUGCCUUCUGGUCUCUCUCACCUAUGUCACUGUGUAUAAGUCUGACAUGCUUGCUUUUCCUAUGAUGGCUCUUCCAAUGUCGAAAGAAGAAGCGUAUUCUUUGAUUUCUCAACAAAUAGAUUACCAGAGCGAGCCAAGGUGCAGCCAUGGCAGCGCAUCGUCACAUCUCUGUGAAAAUACUGAAACCAUUGGGACGGCUUGGGUUUCUUCCUCUGCGGGAUCUGAGAUUCCCUCUCAAAGAAAUGAGUUCUCUGCCGGUGAAGUUACAGCCGGUAGCAAAAUCCCCAACUCGUCGAGAAACGUACAGUCAUCAUCUUCUCUUGAAGACCAUGUCGACCGCUUGCAGGUUCCUGUCGUAAACAAUGCCAGGAAAUCAGAUCCGGAGGAAUCAGACUCAAAGCCAAUGUGCGACACUUCGAGCCACCGGUGCGACGUUUGCGACGUCCACGGCGACAUCAGAAUCGUCACCGGCAAAGACUCGCCUUCCAUUCUCCGCGUCACCGCCUCUCCGUUCACCGACCAACAGUCAUGGCAGGUGAAGCCCUACGCCCGGAAGUGGGACCACGGCUUGACAAGAAUCAUCGAGCCGGUCACUGUUCGCUCGACCGCGGACCGCGCCGCCGCGCCCCGCUGCGAUGUCACCCACGGCGUCCCCGCCGUCGUCUUUUCGACGGGCGGCUACGCCGGCAACCACUUCCACGACUUCGCCGACUUGAUCGUCCCGCUAUUCCAGACCGUGCGCCAGUUCGACGGCGAGGUCCAGUUCGUCGUCGCCCACCUCAACCGACGGUGGAUGACCGGCAAGUUCGGCCACUACUUCCGCCGGCUCUCUCGGUACGACGCGAUCGACCUCGACAACGACGCGCGCGUGCAUUGUUUCGGGCGCGCCAUCGUGGGGCUCCGCGCCGACCAGGACCUGAUCAUCGACCCGGCGAAGUCGCCGAUGGGGUACAACACUUCGAACUUCCUCCAGUUCAUGAGGAGCACGUACGGGCUGAGCAGAGACUACGCGCUGAAACUAGCAGAGCAACCGGGGAAGAAGCCGCGGCUGCUGCUGAUCGCGAGAUCCCGGAGCAGAAAGUUCAUGAACGCCGACGACAUCGCCAAGCUGGCCGAGAAACUCGGAUUCGAGGUGCUCGUGUCGGAGGCCGCCAAGGACCUCGCGGAAUUCUCGAAGAUCGUCAAUUCGUGCGACGUGAUGGUGGGCGUGCACGGCGCGGGGUUGACCAACCUGGUGUUCCUGCCGACGAACGCGGUGGUGGUCCAGGUGGUGCCGUUCGGCAGCCAUGAAUGGAUCGCAACAACCUACUUCGGGAAACCAGCCAAGGCGAUGGAGCUCAAGUACCUGGAAUACACCAUUACCGCCAACGAGAGCACGCUGACGGAGCUGUACCCGAGGGACGAUCCCGUGUUCACGGAUCCGCAAUCGAUCCACAAGCUCGGGUGGGAAAAAAUGGGGGAGAUUUACUUGAAGAAGCAGAACAUCAGGUUGGAUUUGGAUAGAUUCCGGCCUGUUCUUGAGAAGGCUCUCGAGCUUCUCAGGGAGUAGAACUACUCUCUGGAAGACGAAGCAGAGCAGGUGCAUAUUUUGUUGGAUAAUUAAUUUCUCGACAGUAAUUAAAAGUUUACAGAUAGAAAUUGAUACAUGUCUUGAUUCAA